AUGGGUCCUACUCCUACUCCCACAAUACCUACCUCUCGGAUGCGUAAUUUAAGUUUGAAUAUGGUUCGACCUCGUACCGAUUCUUUUACCAGAAAUGUUCCACCACCCAGAAGAGCAAGUGAUGGAGCUGUUUUAGCUCUUCCGAUUGUUCCACCAAAUGAGAAAGAUUCCAAAAGAAUGUCAACAUUUGAAUAUCAUAGAUAUCAACAAGAAUUAAUUAAUGCUCAAUAUCAACGACAUGGAGUGAAUCCAUUACCUGUUUCUGAUGAACAACCUAUCGAAUCACCAAAUCCUGGACGUCCAUCAUCACUAACUUUGAUACAAGUAUCACAAGAAUAUAAAAAUAAUAUUUCAACGAUGGUAGAGGCGGUAAAUGCACAACCCAAUAAUCCCAGACGAUUAAAUGAAUUAAACGAGAACGCACAAAUUCGAUCUAAACGUUUAAGUUAUAUUGAUGGUGGUAGACGUAUGAAUCUUUCAGAAAAUAAUCCAUCAAGUUCUGGACGUUUAUCAGAAAACUCUUUAUAUUAUGGUGAACAUCGUAGAAGUAAUACUGAGACUACCAUAACGCAACAACAACUUUACCUACCACGAACAUCUCAACCUCGAAAUAAUUCCAAUUCAACAAUAGUUAAUCUACCUUCAAAAUUUCAACAUUCAGUUACAUCGUUAUCAUCAGGAUCUACUAAUUUAUCCAGUAGCGGUGGUAGUGGUGGACCUCCUACUCCAAAAAAUAAAAGAUCUAGUAGUAUAACUAUUAUUGGAGAAGGAGGUGUUGGUUAUACGGUAGAAAGAAAGGAAAAGGAAAAACGAAAAAAAGGUAUAUUGAGAAGUAAAUAA